AUGCUAUACUUGUUAACUAUAUUUUCAUUAUUAUUACCUGCUUUAGCUAUUAAUGCUAGAAGUAACUCCAAUGUUGCUGUUUAUUGGGGACAAAACUCUGGUGGUUCCCAACAACGAUUGUCUUAUUAUUGUGAUUCCGAUGCUGUUGAUAUUGUGAUUCUUUCAUUUAUGCAUCAAUUUCCUUCACCAAUUCAAUUGAAUUUUGCUAAUGCUUGUGAAGGUACUUAUACUGCCAAUGGUAUUUUACAAUGUCAAACAAUAGCUGAAGAUAUCAAAUAUUGUCAAAAUAAGGGCAAGACCAUAUUACUUUCAUUAGGUGGUGCUGCUGGAUCUUAUGGAUUUAGUGAUGAUGCCACUGCCAAACAAUUUGCUCAUACUCUUUGGGAUUUAUUUGGUAACAGUAAAAAUUUAGCUACUAAUGAUCGUCCAUUUUAUGAUGCUGUAUUAGAUGGAUUUGAUUUUGAUAUUGAAAAUAAUUGGUCAACUGGUUAUCCAGCAUUAGCAACUGAAUUAAGAACUCUUUUCCAAAAAGAUACUUCCAAGAAUUAUUAUCUCGGUGCUGCUCCUCAAUGUCCUUAUCCCGAUGCUUCUGUUGGUCCAUUAUUGAAACAAAGUGAAAUUGAUUUUGUUUUUAUUCAAUUUUACAACAACUAUUGUAAUUUAGGAUCUUCAUCUUUCAAUUGGGAUACUUGGUUAAAUUAUGCUGAAACUGAUUCUCCAAAUAAAAACAUUAAAUUGUUUGUUGGUGUACCUGCUUCUUCUAGAGCCGCUGGAUCAGGUUAUAAUGACCCUAGUGCCGUGUCUCAAUAUUUGACAAGUGAUAUUUUAAACAGCAAGUAUUUUGGCGGUAUUUCAAUGUGGGAUGUUUCAGCUGGUUGGAGCAAUACCAAUUCAAAUGGGAACUUUGUUGAAAAUAUGAAAGCCAUUGUUAAGAAAGCUUCACCAGGAGAAGAAACAACUUCUUCUUCUACCACCACUACCACCACUACUACUUCAACAACAAUUUCUAGUAGUUCUUCCAGCAGUAAAACUAGUAAAACUAGUACUACUAGUACUACUAGUUCUUCCAUCAGUUCUACCACCAGUUCUACCACUAGUUCCACAAGCAGUUCUUCCACCAGUUCUUCCACCAGUUCAACCACUUCUUCAUCUACCACCUCAUCACAAAUUUCUACUACCUCCACAGCACCAACUUCGUCGACAAGUUUAUCUUCUUCAACAAUAAGUACCAGUGCUUCCACUAGUGAUACCACUAGUGUUACAUCCAGCGAGACAACCCCAGUUGUUACACCAUCUUCUUUGUCAAGUGCUAUUACCAUUCCAGGUGAUUCAACUACCACUGGUAUUUCCAAAUCCAGUUCAACUAAACCUGCCACUUCUACCACCAGUGCCUUAUCAUCUCUGACUACUACUGUUGCUACUAUUCCAGAUGACAAAGAAAUUAUUAAUACCCCAACUGAUACUGAAACUACAUCAAAACCACCUGCUAUCAUCACUGAAUCAGAUGCUACUACUAUCACUCAAAAUUUAACUCCAUCAACUACAACAAAAAAUGUAAAGACAACAUCAACAAACAUUGUAACGGAAUGGGUAUGGGCUCCAACUACUCUUCGCACCCUUACAACGACUUAUCAAAUAUUGACAACUAGAACACAUAUUGAAACAGUUUUUGCUGAACCAAGUACAGUGGUUAUCUAUAAUUAG